AUGGAAUACCUGAGAGACGUCUAUAAUCUGCUUCCUCCGUGCCGGGCGCCCGACACCGCGCCCUGGUUCCUGGCCGAGCCGCUGGCUUUUUCCGCCAAGGCCGCCGUUUCAUUUCUUUGCGCCGCCGCUGCUGCUGCCGCGUCCUUCAACGUCCAGCCCGCAACGCAGUACCAAGACGGCCACCCGUCUGAGGUCCCCUACUACGGCCGCAGCCCUGCAGUGUACCCUUCGCCUAUUGCCAAUGGCUCCACCAGCAGCAGGUGGGCGGUAGCAUACGGACAUGCACGGGCGAUUGUGUCGCAGAUGACGGUCGACGAGAAGGUGAAUAUCACGCACGGCUGGCCCGGAGCGUGCGUGGGAAACACGGGCCAAGUCCCCCGGCUCGGCGUGCCGGCGCUCUGCUUCGCCGACGGCCCCAGCGGCAUCCGCGGACAAGAGUUCGUAUCGGCCUUCCCCGCCGGCAUCCACGUGGCCGCCACCUUUGACCGCCACCUCAUGCACCGCUACGGCCGCGCGCUGGGCGACGAGUACCGCGGCAAGGGCAUCAACGUGGCCCUCGGCCCCGUGGCCGGCCCGCUCGGCCGCAUGGCCAGGGGCGGUCGCAACUGGGAGGGUCUCAGCAACGACCCCUACCUCGCCGGCGCCGGCCUCGGCGCCAUCACCCGCGGCAUCCAGGACGCCGGCGUCAUCGCCACGCCCAAGCACUGGCUGCUGAACGAGCAAGAGUUCCGCCGGCGAUGGUCCUCCAUGGGCGACGCCAUCAGCGCAAACGUCGACGACCGUGCCCUGCACGAGCUCUACGUCUUCCCCUUCAUGGAGGCCCUGCGCGAGGGCGCCGCAGCCAUCAUGUGCAGCUACCAGCGGGCCAACCACUCGUACGCAUGCCAGAACUCGAAGCUGCUGAACGGCAUCCUGAAGACGGAGCUCGGCUUCGAGGGGUUUGUGGUGAGCGACUGGGACGGGCAGAUGUCGGGCGUGGCGUCGGUCAACGCGGGCCUGGACCUGGUGAUGCCCAACGCGGGCUUCUGGGGCGCCAGUCUCGCGCAGGCCGUCCGCAACGGGUCCGUCAGCCAAGACCGCAUCAGCGACAUGGCCACGCGGGUCCUCGCGGCCUGGUACUUCCUGCACCAGCAGACUGACUUCCCGCCCCCGGCCAUCUACCCGAGCACGCACAAGCAUGCGCCCGUCGACGUCCAGGCAGGCCACACGUUGUUGAUCAAGGAGAUCGGUGCGGCCGGCACGGUGCUCGUCAAGAACGUCAACAACACACUACCACUCAUCAAGCCGCGGUUCCUGUGCGUGUACGGCUACGACGCGCCGCUCAAGGCCGGUCCGUGGCAGAACCCCGACCGCUACGGCGGCGGGUACGACGUCAACUUUGGCUGGGGCACGCUGAACGGGACGCUCGUGACGGGCGGCGGGUCCGGCGGCAGCUCGCCACCAUACGUAGUGUCCCCGUUCCAAGCCCUCCAGGAGCGUGUUGUCAGCGACCGUGGCGUCUUGCGCUGGGACUUUUACUCGGUCGACCCCCACGCCGAGUAUUUGAACGCGGACGCCUGUCUGGUCUUUAUCAACGCGUAUGCCUCAGAGAUGUUCGACCGUACCAGCCUCGCAGACGCGUUCAGCGACCGCCUCGUCGCGAACGUUGCGGCCAAGUGCCAAAACACCAUCGUCGUCGUGCACUCUGCUGGAAUCCGCACCGUCGACGCCUGGAUCGGCCACCCCAACGUGACAGCCGUGGUGUUCGGCGGGCUGCCUGGCCAGGAGAGCGGCCACAGCCUCACGUCUGUACUCUACGGCGACGUCAGCCCGAGCGGCCGGCUGCCGUACACGGUGGCGCGCAACGAGGCUGACUACGGUGACCUUCUCAACUCGACCGUGUCGGCCGACUACUUCCCCGAGGACGCCUUCGCCGAGGGCCUGUUCAUCGACUACCGCGCCUUCGACCGCGACCGUGUCGCCCCGCGCUUCGAGUUUGGCUUCGGCCUCUCGUAUACCACCUUUGGCUACGCCGGCUUGUCCGCCGCGCUGGCAGACAGUUUGCCCCCCGUCGAGUUUCCCGACGCGGGCGUUCCAGUCGUCCAGGGCGGGCAUCCGGACCUCUGGGCUACGGUCGCCGUCGUCGCGUGCGCCGUGACUAACACGGGCGCCGAGAGGGCCGGCAGCGAGGUCGCGCAGCUGUACGUCGGCGUGCCGGGGUCCGACCAUGAAGGGGAGGAAGGCGACACGCCGGCGCGGCAGCUGCGCGGCUUCGUUCGCGUCGGGCCCCUCGCACCGGGCGAGACGCGGCAGGCCGUGUUCGGGCUCACGCGGCGGGACCUCAGCGUGUGGGACGUGGUGGCCCAGCAGUGGCGCCUGCGCCGCGGUGAGUACCGCCUCUGGGUCGGCGCCAGCAGCAGGGACUUGAGGCUUAACGGGACUCUGUCUAUUCUUGACUGA